CUUCGGCCUCAUGCGCAAGACUCCGCGUAGCGAGGCGAUUUUAAUGUUUUGAAUUUAAAUGACUGCAGUUGUUUAACCCAGCAGUGAAAUGGACAUGACUGGUUAUGACGACUACGAUCUAGUAUUCUAUUUUACUGCACUAAGUGCCUUCAGAUGCGUUUCAAAAUACAUUUUGAGCAGCAUUGAGGGAGAGGUGGAUGGGAGGGAGGUUUAUUUGGAAGCGAGUUGACUGGCUCAAGAUUUAAUUAGGUAGCUCUAAUUGAGAGUGGCAAGCAGCCAUUCUAAAACACACGCUUCAGCCUUAGGGAUGCUGCUCUCAGCCAAGGCGUGCCAGUGGAAGAUCUCGACGCUGCCUCAUAGUAUUCAUUGAGAAAAGCCAUGUUUAGAAAAAUUCAUAUCAAAAGACGUGUAGAAGUGUAACCGAUGCUUCGUGUUGUUUUACAUUUACUUUCGAUGUUUUUUUCCACGUGACCGAACAACGCAGCACAACACCGCGAUGUCGAAACUGGAGCAGGCUCUGCUGGUCAUUGUUGACACGUUCAAUCGGUACUCCGGCAAGGAUGCGGACAAGACGAAUCUCGCCAAGUCCGAGCUGAAGGAGCUCAUCAACAUCGAACUUUCUCACUUCCUGGAGGGGGUGAAGGAUCCCCAGAUGCUGGAAAUGCUCAUGAGGGACCUGGACCUUAAUGGAGAUGCGGAGUGCGACUUCCAAGAGUUCAUGAUAAUGCUCACCAUCAUCGCCACAGCCUGCCACUCAUUAGUCAGCUGAGUGGCCAGUGGCCAAGCCAUAGAGCAUUCACAAGUACAGACUAAAUGUAAUUCAAUCUAAUGAUCAAAAAUGCUUAACUAAUUUCAGAUAACCAAAGAAGAUAAUUUCAGAUCACUAACAUAACAUGAAAUUUUGAUUUAAAGCUUUCGUGACUGCAGUAAUUCAUAUUCCUAGUUUUUUCGGUAAAGUCACGUUGAAAUGUUACCAUGUCUUCGCUUUUCCAUAUCACAAUUAGUUAGAUAGGUUGGGGUGAUGCUGCAACUCUGCCGUAAGAUAAUAGAUCUAAUAUUGCACAAAGAGCAACACGGAUUCCACAAACACAACCAAUUGUAUCGACUACGAGCUUCAUAUAUAUCCUUGCACAAUGCCAGGAUUACAAGGUAUGAAUGCCUUAAUAUCUAUGCAGUGUAAGCAUCAGCACAGCCAAGCAAAGCUAAGCCACAGGCAACACGUCACACCUAAAGCUGGCAGCAGCAUUCACUGGAAACGGUUCAAAGCAAGUGCUGCAGCCAGCACAUAUCGGAGGCAACAGAAAAAUGCUAUUUGUGGAAUGUGCACAUUCCCAAAUGUCACUACAAUACAUGCAGUGUAUUAUUGUGUGUAUUGCAAUGAUGAUAAAUCCAGUAGAAUAGUCCUUUAGAGAACGCAAAUUCCCAAAAUUGCAACGACACAAUAUUUUUUUCACCCAUCCUUUUUAAGGACUCCAGAAUAAAACAUGACUUUCUGUCUGAGUCUGAAAAAGUGGUAUACAUUCCUUCCGCCUUCAUUUAUUAUUGAACGUCUACAACAAAUGCAGCAGCUUCGCUUAGAAACUCUGCACAUGUUGAUCUGAGUUUCAGGGCCGGAAGGCUUUUAAAAUAAAAUACUUCACAACACUCAAUACCACUCGCAUCUCUGUCCAGUCACACCUUAUACACUGCAUACUCUUCCCAAUUAUGGAACACCAACCCUGUGUGUUAAUGGUGGUAGGCAGAUGAGAUUGCGUUGGCAUGUGUCGCUUGUAUAAGACAUGCCAAAGUAGAUUGAACAUUACCUAAUAAUUUGGGAUUAAUAUAACAAUCCAUGACAACACAAUUGUAAAUGAAAAUAAAACAAUUCAAACAAUGA